AUGAGUCAAAUUGUAGCGUCGUCGGCACAAAUUGACAGCGGCGGUGGCGGCGAAGAGCCGCAGCAACAAACUAGAGGAAACCAGCUGCUGGAUGAGGAGAAGACGAUUAUCUCGAGCACGCGAAAGAAGUACACAAUUCUUCCGGCGGCGUCGCACAGUCUGAUGACGAAGAACAACCUGCGCGCGGUGGAGCGGUACAUUGCACUCAACAGGGCACAUCGCUUCUCUGAGCGGGACAGGUCUCCGGCACGGGUGAUUCCGGAGCUCCCAUUUCAACGUCGGUACGACGGUGACGAGGUGCUUCAGGCGGCGGUAAAGACGGCUCGUGCCCAAGAAAGUGCGCUUGACGUCCCGUUGCGUUUCAUCACCCCUGAAGAGUUCCACGCACCACCCCUUGAGGACCCGCCGACGAACCUCCCGCUUGCGCGUCGGGUGGCAGCUCUGUUGAAGGGAAUGGAGUCCGUGCCGGUGCAUUGGAUGGAGCAACGGCCAGGGGCCAUGACAGCAGCCGGCGCUGACGACAGUGUGGUACAGUUGAAAGUUAUGAGGGACGCCAUUUCUCGGGCGCAGUGUGCUGUCCGUGGCGGUAACACGAGGGAGGGGGCCCAUCUCUUUUGCACUGUGGCUUCCCUGCAUUAUAAUAGUGGGAAUAUGGAGCUUGCACGAUCUUUCUUUGCUAAAGCUCUUUCAGCAUUUGAGCUGAUAAGUGAUCUACGUGGCAUCGCCUUUUGCCACAAUAUUUUGGGUGUCUGCUACUUCCGUCUGCGGGAGUUUAAGGCAUCAUUGCUGCAUCACAAACGUCAAGAGUCUCUUGGUGGAUGUUACUCGCGGGCGGUGGCCCAAAUCAAUAUGGGGGUCAGUUAUGCCGCACUUGGAGAGCUGGAAUUCGCGGAGUCAGCCCUUGAAGACGCAUUAACAAAUGCGCGUACAUGUGAGAGCAGUCUGCUGGAAACGAUUGCGCUUGGAAACCAGGGGCUCGUGCAUCUGCGUAUGGGCAAUAUGCGGGCGGCUCAGACAGACUUGGAGCAGUGUUUGGAAAAGUGCAGUCUUGGUGGAGAUAAGACUGGAGCUGCCAUCUGUCUGUUGCUGCUUGGCGAACUGUACUCUCUUAUUCACGAUCACCAACAUGCAUUGUUUUAUUAUGAGCAUGCCUACCGCGUUGGGGGCGAGGCAAAUUGCUCGGAUGUGGUGGAUGUGGCUCGCGUCAGCAUUGGCAUCGCUCGUGGCAAUGCUGCAUUGAGGGAUGCUGUCAUUUUGCAGGCCAAACGAAUGGGACAACAAAUUGACCUCAAAGAUGUUGUGACGUUGCUUCCUCCGUAG